AUGGUGUGUUGGUGGUCUCUGAUGGUAGUGACUGGGGUGUUGUUAUUCAGGUUGAUACAAGUGUAUGAAACGGUGUGGAAGAAGCCCAAAAGGAUUCGCUCAACUCUAUCAAAGCAAGGGAUUGGAGGUCCAACGCCGGCCUUCUUGUAUGGGAACGUUAAGGAGAUACAAAACAUGGAGUCAGAGUCAGUUUUAAUGGUUACCAAGUCAGAAGAUGAAGAUGAAGAUGGGAAAACUAUUCAAGCAAUCUCCCACCAUCACUGGGUUCGCUCUACCUUUCCUUAUCUCCAGAGAUGGACAUUCGACUACGGGCCAAUGUACAUGUUCUCAACGGGGAGCCAGCAGCAUCUGUAUUUGAGCCAACCGGAGUUAAUAAAAGAACUGAAGCUACACAAGUCCUUGGUGUUAGGUAAGCCUUCAUAUCUAUCCAAAGCACUGGAGCCCAUGUUGGGCAAUGGCAUCAUUAAGGCUAAUGGACACCAAUGGGCCCAUCAGAGAAGACUUAUUGCUCCUGAGUUCUUCCUCCACAAAGUCAAGGGCAUGAUUGGUCUUAUGGAGGAAUGUACCAUGGCAAUGGUGAAAACAUGGGAGAUUCGACUGAUUGAAAGCCAGGGAGGAGUUGCAGACCUCAUGAUUGACCAAGAUUUAAGAAGCCUUUCUGCAGAUAUCAUCUCAAGAGCUUGUUUUGGAAGCUCUUACUCUCAAGGGAAAAAUAUUUUCGCCAAGCUAAGGGUCAUGCAAGAAGCCAUGUCCAAACCAAGUUUACUCUUUGGACUUCCAAACUUAAAAUUCCUUCCAACAAAGAGUAACAGAGAAAUAUGGAGGUUGAAGAGAGAGGUAGAGGAGUUGAUACUGAAGGUGGUCAAAGAUCGUCAAGAAGAAAGCCAAAAGGAUACUGGUAUAUAUGGAAAAGACCUCUUAGAAAUGAUACUUGAAAGUGCUGCUACUGACACUGAAUUGCAGAAAAGCACACAUGAUACCCACCGUUUUAUAGUAGACAAUUGCAAAAACAUCUACUUUGCUGGCUAUGAAACUACUGCUCUUGCCGCCUCCUGGACCUUGAUGCUUCUUGCACUCUAUCCUGAAUGGCAACAACGUGUUCGAGCCGAGAUUGUUCACAACUGGGGUGAUAAAAAUCUUCAUCGAACCUCGGCCUCAAUAGACUUGGAUAAACUUCGCCAGUUGAAAACGCUGACAAUGGUGAUUCAAGAGAGCCUGCGUCUGUAUGCGCCAUCACUGGUAGUGGCAAGAGAAGCAUUUGCAGAUAUAAAGUUGGGAAAUUUAGUAGUGCCGAAAGGCAUACACAUAUGGAACUCGAUCCCGGCGCUGCACCGUGAUCCUGAGAACUGGGGUUCUGACGCCAAUGAGUUUAAGCCUGACAGAUUUGCAGGAGGAAUAUCUGAAGCCUGCAAAUAUCCACAAGCUUAUGUGCCCUUUGGUUAUGGAAGUCGAUUAUGCGUGGGACAAACCUUUGCAUUGAUAGAACUGAAGAUCAUACUCUCCAUUCUUGUAUCAAACUUCUCCUUCUCCCUCUCUCCGAAAUAUCGCCACUCUCCAGUGUAUAAAAUGCUGUUAAUGCCACAACAUGGAAUGAGACUCCUUGUAAAGAAAGUGUAGAUAAAUUACAAGUAUUUCCUCCCAUUUCAAGUUAAAAAUUACACCAUAUUCAGAGUACUGCGUUACCUUUUAUUUAAUCUAGUAAGAGUAUGAACCAGGUUGGAUCUCAGUGGGCUUUAAUGGUCGUUGGUUUUUGGGCUGAUGUUAGCCCAGUACAUGCAUUGUUGGACCUGACCCUAGGUCCACGAAAUUUUCAUAAAUUAUACAAUAAUAUACCAAUUU